UGUAUGCUAACAUUCUCCACAUUGUGUUGAGCCUCACACAGCUGCCUCAGCUUCCAGCCACGUCAGUGAAGGAGAACCCAGGCUCUCUAGACAACAUGGACUUCAAUGGAACAUGGCAGGUCUACGUUCAGGAGAACUACGAAGAGUUCCUCAGAGCAAUGGAGCUCCCAGAAGAUGUCAUUAAGAUGGCCAAGGAUAUCAAGCCAAUCACUGAGAUCAAACAGACUGGCAACGACUUUGUCAUCACCUCCAAGACCCCUGGAAAGUCUGUGACCAACUCAUUUACCAUCGGCAAGGAGGCUGAGAUUAACACCAUGGACGGCAAGAAGCUCAAGUGUACUGUCAAUAUGGAGGGUGGCAAAAUGGUCUGCAAAACUGGCAAGUUCUGCCACGUCCAAGAGCUCAAAGGAGGAGAGAUGAUUGAGACUCUGACCAUGGGCUCGACAACUCUCGUCAGAAAGAGCAAAAAGAUGUAAACUUGGCAGUGAAGAAACCAAUGUCUAUUUAAAUAAAAGAUUAAUAAGA